AUGACUGCCAAAGAGUUUGAGGAGCUUGCCCUCAAUGGCCACAAUUACCCUACAUGGGCUAUGGACAUCAAGAUCAGUCUUGCGUCCCGUGGGAUAGUGCGUGCAAUACAACCCCCGGAGACUCCUCUCCCGGCUGGGGCCACGCCGCUAACAGAACAGCAGAACUAUGCUGCCUUAUUCAUCAUAAGGCAUCAUAUUCAUCCAGAUCUCAAGUCUGAGUAUUUACAGGAGGAAUCUCCUAGUACUCUGUUUCUGGCCCUCAAAACGAGGUAUGAACAGCAGAAGGCAGUAGUCCUGCCCGAAGCACUCCAUGAUUGGACUCAUCUCCGUCUUCAGGAUUUCAAGUCCAUCGGUGAGUACAAUCAUGUUGUUCAUAAGAUAUGUUCCAAACUGCGCUUUUGUGAGAAGGAACCUACUGAGGGGGACAAGAUAGAGAAAACUUUGUCUACUAUGCUCCCUUCAGAUAGGAUCCUCCAACAACAAUACCAUGCUCGUAACUACACUGUCUAUUCCGAGCUUAUUCACAUGUUACUUCAGGCUGAAAAGCAUGAUGAGCUACUUGCUAAGAAUGGCUCUCAGCGCCCAGUUGGGGCACAACCUUUACCUGAAGUCCAUCUGAAUGUUGCAAAUAGACAAAAGUUUAUAAUGCAAUCUCAGGGACGCAAAGCACCUCAAGGGAAAAGGUUUGAAGCCAACUUCAACCUUCAUCCUGAUAACGCAAAAGGAGCUGGUGGUUCGCACGAUGUUCCUCCUGGACCGAGCAACGCCGUGGUUCCUUAUCUGCCUGAGGCUACUGCUGAAAUGGAGAACACGUUGAUUGAGUACACCGCAAACAACGUGUUUGGCGACUUCGACUAG